AUGCAGAUUUCAGCAGCUGGCGCACAAAUGGGGAAUGAAGGAAAUGAGGUUUUCCUAAUCGUCGUCGGUCGUGGCUGCUCUUAUCUCAAAGAGCAAGACCAAGUUGACGGAAUCGGUAAGCUUCAUCGAAGACACACACGUGCUCCACGAACAAUCGCCCCUGUGUUCACUGGCGAAGCCACAACCUUCACUGACUCACCACUGAAUCCAAUCAAACUCGUAAUUGGUCUUUUGAGAAGACGGCCCCAUCAUCGAAACACACGUCCACCAGUAACGAUCGUUCCUGGGUUUACUGACGAAGGCACGACUUUUACCGACUCGCCAGUAGGUCCAACUGAACUUGUACAGGGUCGUUUGAGUGGACGGCCCCAUCAUCGAAACACACGUCCACCAGUAACGAUCGUUCCUGGGUUUACUGACGAAGGCACGACUUUUACUGACUUACCAGCGGGUCCAACCGAACUCGUUAAGGUUGAAAUGUCACGAAAGCCUCAUCAUCUACCCACACGUUCUCCAAGAACGGCUGAGCCUGAGUUCACCACAGGAGCUUCAGUUUCUACUGAUUCGCUGCUUGAUUUUACCGAUGGUGUUGAGGUGAACGGCAAGCCUCAUCGCAAACACCCCCACAGACGCACUCUGUCGCCUUCAACAAUCGCUCCCGUGACCAUUGAAGAAGGCAGUGGUCUUCCCGUUGACCCCACUCAAAGUGGCCAAUUGUAA